GAGAGGGCCGAGAGGGGCCGGCGGGCUGGGGGCGCCGCGCUCUCCCCACGGCGCGCAGCCUUUCUGGAAAUUAAUAUUUAAAGUCAGCCAGGACGCAGGGGCAAGGCGGGGGCAGAGGCGAGGCAGGACGUGCACGCUCGCGGGAGAAGCAGAGCCACCGGGAGCGCAGCCGCCGGCGGCCGAGGUGACCCGGACCCGCGCCCCGCCGCGCCCGUCCCCUCCAUGUGGUGUCCGCCGCGCCCUCGCCCGCAGCACCAUGAACGCGCAGCUGACCAUGGAGGCGAUUGGCGAGCUGCACGCGGUGAGCCACGAGCCGGUGCCCGCCCCCGCUGACCUGCUGGGCGGCAGCCCCCACGCGCGCGGCUCCGUGGCCCACCGCGGCAGCCACCUGGCUCCCGCGCACCCGCGCUCGCUGGGCAUGGCCACCCUGCUGGACGGCGGCGGCGGCGACUACCACCACCACCACCCCCGCGCGCCCGAGCACAGCCUGGCCGGGCCGCUGCACCCCACCAUGACCAUGGCCUGCGAGACACCCCCAGGUAUGAGCAUGCCCACCACCUACACCACGCUCACGCCGCUGCAGCCGCUGCCGCCCAUCUCCACCGUGUCGGACAAGUUCCCCCACCACCACCACCACCAUCACCACCACCACGCCCCGCACCACCACCAGCGCCUGGCGGGCAACGUGAGCGGCAGCUUCACCCUCAUGCGCGACGAGCGCGGGCUGGCCUCCAUGAACAACCUCUACACCCCCUACCACAAGGACGUGGCCGGCAUGGGCCAGAGCCUCUCGCCCCUCUCCGGGUCGGGCCUGGGUGGCAUCCACAACUCCCAACAAGGGCUCCCCCACUACGCCCACCCGGGCCCCGCCAUGCCCGCCGACAAGAUGCUCACCCCCAACGGCUUCGAAGCCCACCACCCGGCCAUGCUCGGCCGCCACGGCGAGCAGCACCUCACGCCCACCUCGGCCGGCAUGGUGCCCAUCAACGGCCUCCCUCCGCACCACCCCCAUGCCCACCUCAACGCCCAGGGCCACGGACAGCUCCUGGGCACAGCCCGGGAGCCCAACCCCUCGGUGACCGGCGCGCAAGUCAGCAAUGGAAGUAAUUCAGGGCAGAUGGAAGAGAUCAAUACCAAAGAGGUGGCGCAACGCAUCACCACCGAGCUGAAACGCUACAGCAUUCCCCAGGCCAUCUUUGCGCAGAGGGUGCUCUGUCGCUCCCAGGGGACCCUCUCGGACCUGCUGCGCAACCCCAAGCCCUGGAGCAAGCUCAAGUCCGGCCGGGAGACCUUCCGGAGGAUGUGGAAGUGGCUGCAGGAGCCAGAGUUCCAGCGCAUGUCGGCGCUCCGCUUGGCAGCCUGCAAGAGGAAAGAGCAGGAGCACGGGAAGGACCGGGGCAACGCCCCGAAGAAGCCCAGGCUGGUCUUCACCGACGUUCAGCGCCGAACUCUCCACGCCAUCUUCAAGGAAAACAAGCGUCCGUCCAAAGAGCUGCAGAUCACCAUCUCGCAGCAGCUGGGGCUGGAGCUCAGCACCGUGAGCAACUUCUUCAUGAACGCGCGGCGCAGGAGCCUGGACAAGUGGCAGGACGAGGCCAGCGCCACCUCCGGGAGCUCCUCCUCCUCCAGCACCUGCACCAAAGCAUGAAGGGAACCAGACUCGAACCUCGGUGGAAAAGCUUUAAAUCUACAAGAGAAGAUUUUUAAAGACCAGGACCUCAAGAGAGCAGGUUUAUACUCAGAAAUAUUUGAAGAAAGAAAGUGAUAUUUAUAGUCCAAAGAAACCAAAGACGUAGCUCCCUGCACCCUGACUGUUCGGGGACGCGCACUUGGGAGGGCGACAGCGUGGCCAGAGAAAGGACGGGCGGGUGGCUUCACCGCCUCGAGCACCUGCAGCCUGCGGUUGCUGUCGCCGCACGCACACGGCCGGUGAGUGGCCUGGAGCCCGGGGUCCCGAGCCGCGGAGUGGACGUCCAGGUGUCUGGUGUCGCCGUGCUAUGCGCCGGCGUGUACGCACGUCACACUAACAAGCACGCGUGCACGCCGCUGUGAGGGGACUCAGGCGGGGCCGGUGGUCAGGAAGGGUGGUGUGCAGAGCGGUGCCGGAUCAGGAGUGCGAUGUCGCCGCCGGGCCUCCAGGCGCAGGCCCGGACCCACCAGAGGAGAUUUGAGUAGCACCCAAACAAGUGCAUUCUCUUUGUUUGUUAAGGAGUGUUCAGAUAUUUUUUAAGAAAUGAAACAAGAGCCCAUCCAUUAAAAAAAAAUCACCUAGGUACCAAAGAACACACUUAAUAUUAUAGUGCAGGUAUUUUAUUGCAACGAUUUUAAUAAGCAAAGCUAUUUUUACACAAGAUACUAUGUAAAGUUAUACAUAUGGACUGAUCUAGCUUAACACACAUGCCACACAGACUCACAACUAUAAUUUAUGACUCUUGAAGCUUUGAAAUAGGCAUUUUCAGAACUGGCAAGAAAGAACGUAGCUUCAGGGAGCCAGAGACUACCGUGGUGGAGAGGCCCGUGCUCCAAACACACCCAGUGGCCCACAUGUGUCACCUAUGUAGAGAAAUGCGCAGGACUCCAUCCUCUCCUGUCGGCUGAGAAGCCCAGGGUGUUUCCAAAGUAGGGCCCCACUUGUACACAAGAAAUCUGUUUAACAAGGCCAAGUAACUGAAUUAGAAAAUGGGUUCAAAAUGAUGCUUUUUUUUUUUUUGGUUUUUUGAGACAGGGUCUCACUAUGUAGCCCAGGCUGGCCUUGAACUCAUAGCAAGAUCCUCCUGCCUCAGCCUCCCAAGUGCUGGGAUUACAGGCGUGCACCACCAUGCCCAGCUAAAAUAAUGCUUUUUAGCAAAAGACCAACCAAUAAGAAUUUAGGUUAAUUUGACUUAAAUUUGCUUUAUGUAUUUGGCACCAAAUGCCUUUAAAGAACACUUCACAGGGCCGGGGAUUUAGCUCAGUGGUUCCACCUCCUGCCUCGCAAGUGCAAGGAUCCAAGUUCGAUCACCAGUACCAAACAAAAAAAAUAAAUACUUUACAAACACAGAGUGAGCAGACCAGUGCAUUAUUAAAAUUAAUUGUCUAAAAUAGGUAUGGAAGCAUGCACCUGUAGUCCCAGCUGUUCAGGAGGCUGAGGCAGGAGGACCACUUGGGCCUAGGAGUUCAAGACCUCCCUCGAAACAGAGAAGAGAUCCUAUCCCAAAUCAAAUUAAAUUAAAUUUAAAUUAGUUGUCAGGUGUUUUGUAACCAUCCUGAAAAAGUAGUCAAACUGAUUUAUUGAUAACCCCAGGCACUAUGACUAGAGCAGCCACAAAACAGCAGGUGCUGCUGAGAACUGGCGGGCGGAUGGAACUGCACAGGGGAGGCACGUUCUGGUGGGACACAGCCCGAGCUUCCGUCAGGAUGAAGCAGUGUGUUUCAUUCCGCAGUCUCCAAGCCCACGACAUUCUCUCUCGCUACUGCACUAAGCUGGAAAUCUUAUAACAUGGAUUCCACUCUAACAGAGACAGAUAAAAAGCUAGACCUGAGCUUCCAAAUAUGAUGUUUUAAAUUUCUAUUUCUUCAAAUCACUCAACUGAGGGUCUAUAAAUCAAGGCCAAAAUAAAAAGCCCCACUGGUACCCUGGGAGUCUCCUGAUUCCCACACCUCUCUGAACUCAAUUGAAUUGCACAUGUACGGUGCUCUUGGUCAAUUUCCACACCUAACUAGAGCUAGAAAACUAAAAGUUCUAAUAACUCAGUGAGGUGUUUACUGAGAUUCAGUAAAAUGCCAAAGCAAAACAUUAAAUCACCGUGACACAAAACCUAACUCCUGAAGGUCAGAUCUCCACGUCUGUCCAGGUCUAAACAGGCAGCACCUGAGAGGUGAUGCUCAGCCAGCAGCCAGCUCUGUCCCUCCUCCAAGAGGACCCCACACGACCUGCUUCCCCUCCCUUGGAAUACGGCAUCUGCCUUGCCACGCUGUAGUUGGCUUUCAUACUUUUUUAUUUCAUCCAAAAUUCCAGCUAAAAUUUUUCCCUUCUAAAUAUGGCACAAUUAUAGUUCAGCUAUUAAGAGACUGUUUCAAAGGCCACCUUCAAGAUUUCCUAAAAAUAUAAUCUUAUCAACAAUGUAACAGAAAAACAUGGAGGGAGCCGCGGGUGCAGCAACAUAAUGUAGUUAUAAUUUAGGAGGGAGGAAAGCCUUAUUUAUUUAAAAUAUGAGGCAUUCAAAAGCAGGGAAAUCCAAGCUGUGUCUACACACGUUUUUACCCAAUUCUACCUCCCCAGGAAAAACAAAAACUGAUUUCAAACAACCUCCAUUUGUUUUUAUUGGAUUUACCCCAAAUUAAUCCAACCGUAUUUUGCAUUUUCAACCAAUUAUUUUGGUCCCAUGUAGGCACAGUCUAAAAGAAUGUUACUACAUUUUAAAUAUCCUACCACCGUGGUUUUUUAAAUAACCAGUUCCCCUACUUGCUAACACCAAAGAUGAUUUUCAUACCGGCGUUGAAUUUGCACCCUUUACGGUUUCAGGGCCAGAUAUGUAUUCUCUCAUAAGCAGAGGCACAACUCAGAGGCUGGAACGCAUCUUUUUACUUGACUACGCAGACUCACAAGCUUUGCUUUUUAGAAAUCGUAAGGGACAGACUCUGCUUCCCACAAUGCACGUCUCGCAUCACAUAUGGCUGAUUCUUCACUUGCUUCUGAACUGGCAUGAGGAAAAAGAUGCUUCCGGCCCCGCAUGGUGGCUUAGUGCAGCCUUUAUUUAAGCCCCUGUUCUUUAAUCCACCACAUGCAACAGGGCAGAUCUCAGCUAUCUAUCUGCUCACUCAUUGUUCUGCCCUGUAGCAAAAUUCGCCUUAGAAAGGCACCACACUCACCCAGUUACACAUCUGUUAAUUACCAAACUGCACUUCAGAUAACACCUUUUUAUUUUUUGGGGUAGAAUGGAAGUUAAUCUGUUCUCACCAUAAACCAUUCAGGUCUUUUCCUAACAGGAAGCUUUUCUGAAAGAAGGCUGGAGGGGGUGAUGUUGGACACCCCAGAAGCCCAGACUUCAGGAGAAGUUCAGGUAGAGAGAGAUCCAAGUAUCAGGAACUGGGUGUCCCAAUCCCUGGAAUAGACCCCAAAGACCAAAGAAAAUGUGUGGGGAAGUACAGAAGUUCUGACAACAUGUCACUCGUCACAUCCCCAAGAAAGCAUUUCUUUUCCAGGAACACAAAAGCACUAUGCUCCGCUCGCUCGGACUCAUUCCACCCCCAUCGCCACCCCCAUGAAGAACCCGUCUUUGCAGGUUAAAUGCAAACUGCUAUACCAAAGAGUCCUAGGACAUUCUCCCACAAGCUCGAGGGUAUUCUCCCUAGGAGCCAUCCUCUCUUCCUUGUACAUAAAGGAUGAAAUCUAUGCAUUCAGCAAACAAAGAGAAAGCACUUCUCCCUUUUCUAUCCAGUUGUUUAGGGUGCAUUCAAAUGCCAGAGGCUGUUUUGAGACCCAUUGGGCCUUCUGGAUUAUUACUGUGGUGUGGUUAGCUUUACAGUACAUUUGGUAACUAUUUCCUAAAUGGUAAAAGGACAAA